AUGUGGAUUUCGGACAAACAGGAGUCGACCCGCCGCUCCAGCGGUCCCCUGCGGCGUGUCAUUGGGGUUCUGCUUUACUGCGCAGGAGAGAUGACUGAAUUCCACUCUUUCAUGGAGGAUAAGCCCUUUCCUCUGAAGUUGCUGGAGUGGUGCUUGAGGGGCGUGGCCAGGGUGAUCCUGGCCAAUAACCCGCUGAGUGGUGCUCUGAUUCUGGUUGCCCUGCUGCUGCUGAGUCCCUGGCAGGCCUUACUGGGAACACUAGGCCUCCUGUCCUCCACACUCACUGCCAUUAUCAUUGGGCAGGACAGUGCAGAGGUGGCUGGUGGUCUCCAUGGUUUCAAUGGAAUGCUGGUAGCUUUGCUGAUGGGUGUGUUCAGCGCUGCAGGAGACUGGUACUGGUGGCUUCUGCUCCCAGUCUGUAUGGCUGGGGCUACGACUACAUUCUUGUUCAGUGGGCUGGCUCCUUUACUGGACCGUUGGGAUCUGCCUGUCAGUGUGUUUCCCUUUAACACGGUCAUUGUGCUAUACCUGGCCUGCACUGGCACUUCUAAUGCCUACUUCCCAAAUCACCCUGCCCUGCCACCAGGGGCAGUAGAGAGCCACAACCACACCCAGCUGGACAUCCAACAGCUCCUGCAGGGGGUGCCAUUGGGCGUGGGGCAGAUUUAUGCUUGCGGGGCCCUGGGCCCCUCUCUGCUCAUCCUGGGGGCCGUCCUGCUCUUCUCACCCAUCAUGGCCAUCCACGCUGUGCUGGGCUCCGGGAUCGGCACGUUGGCAGGUCUGUCUGUGUCAGUGCGGCAUGGGUCGCUGUAUUCUGGUCUCUCUGGGUUUAAUGGGGCUCUGGGGUGUAUGGCUGUUGGAGGACUCUUCUUCACCUUCAGCUGGAGGACACACCUCUUUGCCAUUGCUAGUGCAUUUCUGUCAUCAUAUGCAGACAUCGCCUUGAGUAAUCUGCUGGGGACGGUGGGUCUCCCAGCAUGCAGUUGGGCAGCUACUCUCACCGCUACACUGAUGCUGCUGUUGAAAGGUCAGCACCUGGCGUCAUACCGAAUCCCUAUUGGACGUGUCGCGUCACCAGAACAGAACCUACGCUCACACAACCACUGGGUUGAAGGCAACACAAACAGCACAGAUGUGUGA